GAGACUCUAGCCUUCCACAGGCGCGCAGGGCCCAUUCCUGGAAUCCUGACGCAGCGAUCGGAUGGCGCCCCGGGGAGGGGCAGGUGAGAUUCGCCGGAGCCCCGCCCGCAGGAGCCCCGCCCGGCCGGGACGCGGGGAAGGUGGCGCCAGCGCCAAUCUGCCGCCGGGGGCCCUGUCCUCGCCCCCCCACCCCCUCUGUUCCCCGGCGCCAGGGGGACCGGGACGCAGGAGUCCCUUUGCGCCCCCAGCGCCUGGCUGCGCCGCUGCCCUGACCCAGACGCCGCGCCCGGAGGCCUCCAGGGGCUGGAGCCGCCCAGCCCCCCGGCUCCCCAGCGCCGGCCACUUUGGUCCCUGGACUGUGUCGCGCCUAAAGGCCCGCGUUCCCGCAGCCUGUGAAGACCCGCGGAAGACCUGGCGGUUGGGAAGAGGUCGCCAAAGGCGACACACCAGCGGCCAGCUCCCGGCCAAGCCCAGUGUGUCUGCAGGAACCAGACCCUUCACCCUUCACCUGGCUUGGGACUCGGAGCUGCAGGAAGAUCUUUCUAGUUCAGCGUAGACUCAACGCCAGGGCGCCGCCUAGAGGUCAGCCGCGGCCUCAGCGUCACCCGCCAACGACCAUAGAGCUACUCCA